CCCAUUCUAAAAAACAAACAUCUUUAGUUUCUGUGGGAAAUGGGUUGUGUUUCCUCGAAUUUGCUGAACCAGGAGGACGAGUUCACUCAACUCGGCAGCACAGCACUGGGUCAGCACAUUGUAUCCCUUACUUCCACAACGUAUGGGUUACUCAACCUGGAUCCGCCGCCUCAAUCCACUACUACGCCGCCCACCCCACCGCCUCCUUUCACCCUCGGAUCCAACUUCAGUGAGUCCAAGUCACUUUGGUCAGAACCUAGACCCGUCCCUUCCCGACCCGAGAUCCGUAACUCCCGGGAACUCAUAUCCAGCCUCGAUGCAGAUAGCUUCCGCCUCUCCCCGUUUCUCAAAAGAGAAAGUCUUUCGAAACCGCCGGUUUCACGGGCUUCGCUAAUGGAUAAAUUCCAGGCCGACACCUUCAGUUUCCCAAACACCCCAUUUUCCCCAAAAGAAAACGCUGAUCCUAAUUUAAGCAAAAGCACCACCUUCUCCCGUUCUUCCCUGCAAAAGAAAUUCGAAUCCGGAAAUGACAGCGCCUUGGAACCGUUACUCAUUGACAAGUUCGAGCAAAUGUGCCCGCCUAACGGGGGAAACAGAGUUGUGAUUUAUACGACGACGUUGAGGGGAAUCCGUAAAACAUACGAAGACUGUAAUGCGGUUAGAUCAGCAAUUCAAAGUUUCGGGAUUGUGAUUUGCGAACGGGACAUUUCUAUGGACCAAGGGUUCAGAGAAGAGUUCAGGGAAUUAAUGAAAGGAAAAGAGAAAGAGUUGACGAGCAAAAUGACGCCGCCCCGAGUUUUUAUUAAAGGGUUUUACAUUGGGGGAGCAGAGGAAGUUAUGAGGAUCAUUGAUGAAGGUUGGUUUGGUGAAUUGCUUGAAGGCUUGCCGAAGAAAAGAGCAGGGGAGGUUUGCCAUGGCUGUGGAGAUGUGAGAUUUUUGCCGUGUUUUCGGUGCAAUGGCAGCUGCAAGAUGGCCGUGGAGGGGCAGAGGACGGUGGUGGUCAGGUGUACUGAGUGUAACGAGAAUGGUCUCGUGCAUUGCCCCGUUUGUAGCUGAUAAACUGUGGGGUGAUCACUUCUGGUAUAUUUAAUAAUUAUCAAUGUUGAAGAGCUUGAUUUCAUGCUUUAAAUGGUUUACCUUAUUUGCUGCUAUUUCCUUUGAUAAAAUCUUUGUUU